AUGGCUCCCAAGUCAGCCAAAGCAAAGUCCUCGAAUUCAGGAAAGGCAAAAAAGCUUCAAAGCCAUCAAAUUCGCCAAGAGCCAAACCUCCUGAUACCAUCACACAAGAUUAUAGUCGGUAUUGACUAUGGAACCACAUUUACAGGUGAGAAGCCCGCAUAUGCUAGUUGGAGAAGCAAGCUGAGAGGUGAUAAGGGGCCAGCUACUACUUGGCCAGGCCCGUCGAGGGAUACAGAAACGGUCUUCAAGGCACCUUCGCGUAUUGCGUACCCGUUUGAAAAUACACGGAUCAAUACCAUUCGCUGGGGGUUUCAAGUUGAGCCUGGAACGGUAGCCUACUCUUGGACGAAGCUGCUCUUGGAUCAAAAUACAGUCCUUGGGGCGUUCGACGAUACGAGUCUUGAAAAUGCCUCCAAGACGGGCAUUCUGAAACUCCCUCAUGGCAAAGCCGUAGUGGAUGUUGUCGCAGACUUUCUUACAGAGGUUCGUGACCAUGUGUUUAAGAUGAUUGAAAAGCAGGUCACGAAGGAGAUGCUCCGGAUAACCCCGAUUGAAUAUUGGUUCACAGUACCAGCAAUCUGGUCUGACCAAGCAAAAGCACAAACAAAAGUUGCAGCUCAACGAGCAGGAUUUGCCUACAAUAUAGAACGUCCCAGUGACCAAAUGUUCAUGAUCACGGAAUCUGAAGCCGCAGCUAUUGCAGCUUUGAAGAAAACAGCCACAGAUGGCCUUGGAGCUUCCGUUAAGGUUGGUAUCAAUCUACGAAAGGAUAUCACGACCUACUUAAUCAACGAAGUUGAUCCAGUUCUGUCUUUUGAAGAACUUUGCACGGGAAUUGACAGAAAUUUGUACCAACUUAUGUCCCAACGCUUUGGGAAGGCUUUUGAUAUGCUUCCUGCUAAGAAGAAAGGUCCAGGAAGCGAGUUCAUGAGAAAAUUCGAAAUAAUCAAGAAGGACUUCGGUUUUAACAUAGAAGAGGACAGAAUUCAUGAGUUGCCGCUUAAUAUGAUAGCCAGCACAGUGAAGUCCGAAUAUUUUGACGCCGAAGAACGUCUUGUCUUGCUUUCAAGCAACGAUAUUCGACAGCUGUUUGACCCGGUCGUGAGUCAAAUCAUUGGGCUGGUUCGUAAACAAAUAGAUGAUGCAGAGGAUGCGGAUGAUGGUGAAAUCAAUUUUUCUGGUUGUAUUCAUGCUAAUAUGGACAAGCGAAUAAUCCUCGUUGGCGGGUUUGGCGAUUCUGAGUAUCUCAGAGAGAGUAUGAAGAAAGCGUUCUUCGGCAUCACAAUCACUGUUCCAGAUAACCCGCAAUCCGCAAUAGUCAAGGGAGCGGCACUUCGAGGCCUCUUGGGCCUUCAAGCAACAACAAAGAGAUGCCGCCGUCAUUAUGGGUUUGAAUGGAGCAUUUCCUUUCGGAGAGGUAUCGACCGUGAAAAAGACGCUUACAUCGACAAGUUCACUGGGGGCAAAAUGAUCGGCAACAACUGCAAGACGGAAAAUUGGCGAAUGGCAUUGACUGAUAAGGCGCAGGGACAAAGGUACACCGAAAACCAUACUAACACCGUUAAUUACACCAAAACGCAUUAUUCUGGAAGUUCGGUGAUAAAAAAGUUUGUGCUUUUUUCGUGUGAUUUGAAGGAUGCACCCGAACGGGUUGAGCAUACAAGUAUCAAAAAGGUCGGCACAAUCAGCGUAGAUAUCGCAGACGUCGACUUCAACCUUUUUCAGAAAAAAUUAAUUGGCGGAAUGCUUUCAUACAAAGUUGAACUCUCGGUGAAGGUCAUAUUCGGAGCUCAGGACGGUGUGUUGAAGUUUGAAACCACGUCACAGGGCAAAGUUGUUGGGAAGACAACCAUCGACUUCACAAAUACCAAGUACUAUUGA